GAGCACCUUUACAUUUUGGUACAGUCUGGAAGAGGUCAGAGUUGAUCCAUGCUUUUCCAGCUUUUGUCCCAGUGCAGUUUCGUUUUAUCCCACUUAUUUUGAACACCGUGCGCCAUACGUCAUGUCCAGAAAACAGACACCUAGCGACUUCCUGAAGCAGAUCAUAGGCAGGCCUGUGGUAGUCAAGCUCAACUCGGGGGUUGAUUACAGAGGAGUCCUGGCUUGUUUGGACGGCUACAUGAACAUCGCACUGGAGCAAACUGAGGAGUAUGUCAAUGGGCAGCUGAAAAACAAAUAUGGGGAUGCCUUCAUCAGAGGUAACAAUGUCCUCUACAUCAGCACACAGAAAGCUGUAAGACGUGCAUAGUUCCAGUGAUGGAUGUUUGCAGAGACCUGUUUUAUUUUUAUAUACUGCAGUGUUCUUGUCUACGAUGUAGUUCUGCACUUUUUGUUUGUUUUUGCUAAUAAGUCUGGCUGAUCAUGACAAGGAUUGAGAAGAUAAUCCUAUCAAAGCAAGCAAGAGUUAACUUGAACUUUAGAUACCAUUUUGUUGGUUAUUGUUUCUAAGAUUACUUUUGAGCAAACUGUAUUGAGUUAUUGAGAUAUGAAUAAAACCUGGGAGUGGGACUAUGAAGAUGUUAUUACUUGUAGACCUACACAUAGUAAAAUCAUGCAGUCCUAUUUUUUUAUGUAUUGUACGAAGGAGGUCUCCCUCAUACCUUUAUUGUACUAUUGAUGGUACAGAACAAAAACACUUCUUCAUGAUGAUUCUGAACAUUAGGUUUUGCUAUUAUGCAAGAAUAAAUGUGGCAUUAUUUUACUUCA